AAGUUGCGAUUUCACUUAUGGUCAAGCUUGCACUUACAGGAGGCACCAUCUUGAGUUUCCUCGAGGCACACUAGAGAGAAAAAUGGAGCCACUCUUCUUCUUGGACUCUCGUUUGAGGGAACUAACCAGAAGGCCAUUCCCAAGUUCCGAAAGUCCAUUCUUUCUGGAUUAUAUUACCGAUGCACCGCAAUCGGCACUGCGAUUAAUCAACUCUGAACUGAUUCACCUGCACCAUCAUCUUCCUCCUAACCCUUCAAGUGUUCCUACAAGCUUGGCCGAUGAUGAACCAAUGAUUUUGAUUCAAGAAUACCAGAGACGAUCACCACAUGUGCCACCGCCGUUGAUCAACUCUCAGUUGCUUCAACAUCAUCAAAUGCCGGCAUUUGAAAAUUCACUCUCUUCACGAGUCCCAGAUUAUGGCUAUGUACCACCUCCAUCGUUGCCGAGACACGGAACGAUCUUCACUGGACAAUACAUGGGACACUCGCUGGGUGAGCAAAGUAUAAUGCCUUCGAGUUGUAACUCCUGCCAAGUCACGACGGCCACCAGCCAUGGGCUCGAGGGAUACGAUUACAAUAACAACCCCAGCCCGAUGAACUUUGCUCAUCCGGGGAACAAUCAAGGCAUCGUCAAUCAAGACAUGGGGCAUCAUCUAGGAUUCGCUUCAUCAUCGAACGCUACGGGAAUGGAUGUGCAUUCGAGCUCAAGUUAUUGCCCCAUAACUUAUCGUAAUCAUCAAAGUGGCCAGGAAGGGCCGAUCUACCCGGAGCUAGGGUCUAACCAUUAUCGUAACCAUGAAGAUCAUCAGUACAUGGUGGGUUACAACACAGCCAAUUCCGUUCCAAAUGAACACAUGAAUGGAGAUGACGAGGUGAGGAUGGGGAGUUGUUUCUGGGGUGACAAGCCACCCCAUUUUAUGCCUUAGAAGAGGGUGGAGGGCAUUCACAUGACAUUGGUUUUCCUCCAUUUCACUUCUUGUUCUAUUGAA